AUGUCUCUUCUCGCCCUUACCCUCUUCCUCGCCACUACUCUCGCCCAAGGAAACCCUCCCGCCGCCCUCUCCUCCCUCCUGUCGUCCCUCUCUUCCUUUCAAACCGCUUCCCCCGGCGUCAACCCCUGGAUCUUCACAUCCCCCGAAGAAUACACCUCACUCUUCAACUCGCUCCAAUCUGCCGGCCUCAUCCCGUCCACCAUCACGGCGCCUCUGCCCUGGCCCACGGCCUCGGACCUCUACAGCCCCGGCUCCGGCCCUUGGAUCCCCUUCGGCCCAGGCGGUCAUCCCGGCGGACCCGGCAAACCACCAGGCUACUGGGGCGGCUCGACGGGUUGCGGACCCUGGGGCCCGAAUAACUGGGGUCCAUGGACCGACUGGUCGACGCGAUCGGAUUGGCGCACCAACGCGCCGUGGACCAAGUGGUGGGGUGGAGAUACAUGUCCUGGGACGGACUGGCCCGGGUGGACGGAGGGCGAGUGGAGGACGAGUGCGCCGUGGACGGGGUGGGAGAGUUGUACGGCCGUCACGACGGGGACGAGUGUGUUCACGACGACGGGCGUGGGGGGUACGCCGACGGUGGGGACGGCGUUUGCGGUCAGGGUUGCGAGUGCGGAGAGUGUGGAGACGGGGGCGGCGGGGAAUGGAGGAAAUGGCAAUGUGAAUGGGGGUGGGAAUGGUGAUGGAGGUGGGAAUGGAGAGGGAGACGCGGGAACUGCUGCUCAGGGCAAGGGGCCGCAUGGUGCGGCAAAUCCGGUCGUAACGGUAGCGCCGGCGCUGGCUGGGGCGGCGGCGGCGGUGAUGGGGGUGAUGGUUGUUUUGUAA